AUGGAUGAUGGUUAUGGCAACAACUGUAUAAAAGUUGGCUGCAGAAUGUAUUUAUUGCAGACCUUUGAUACGAGGAAGAUCCUGCUGGUCAUUUUAUUUGUGAAGGUUGUCCUCAACUGGCUCAUUUUAAGUGUAAAUCGAAAGGUGCUCCAGAGUUUAAUUGGCUAUUUCUGCAUCUCCUUAUCCCUGAUGGACUUUGCUUUAUUCACAAGCAUGGUGAUGGCUUCAGUUCUGAAUAACUACAUCAUAACUGGAGCUCAAAAUCAGAUCAGCCUGCAUCUGCAGUUCUUCUCAGAUAUCUACCAUGUCUUGCAUGUUCCAAUCUGUCUCCUGGCUGGUCUUGACUAUUUUGUGAAUUUGCACAAUCUCUCCAAAUCCUUAAAUGGAUCCCGGACUUUCACGUACCUCUUUACUGUGUUCUUAUUAUGGAUUGGAGCCAUAGUCUAUGUUUGUAUUGACUACAAGAUCCACGUGGCAUGGCAAGUGAUAUUAGACCCCCUAUUGUACCAAUGUGAUAUUCCUUUCAGUAACCAGAGCCUACUUCUGUCUCUCUUGAUCCUUAUAAUUCUUGUCCUGGUCUCAAUUUAUUGCUGGUCUGAUCUGACAUCCCUUGUCAGAUCCUUGCACGUGGAUUCUUACUUGAAAGAAAUAGUUUUGUGGAGCUCCCAUCCAGCUGCCCAGCUACAGCCUCUGUCAAGCAAGAAACAGGUUCUGGCCAACAUCACCCUGUGCUUUUCCCUGACCUGGAUGCCAUUUAUUCUGCUCCAGUUGGCUAUUGUGUUGAUUUGGGCGCCACUUCCAGCCUAUAUAGAUUUGAAUGUUCCUUGGCUUUGCUUCAUAAACAGCUUCCUCAUUGGCACUGUCUACUGGCUGAAACACAGAGACAUCCCCCCUGAUGUUAUUUCUUUCAUCCCUGAUGGCUUCUGCCACUGGGAUUGCUGUAAGCUUCAGAAAGCUCCCUUUGUGUGCAGUGGGAACUGGGUCCAUGACAACAAGAUCCUAAUGGCCUGA